AUGGCAUACAUGUAUCCUUGCGCAGCCAACAUGCAAACCGGUCAAUUUUGCAACACCGUUGAGCCCUCCUACAUGGCGGAGCUCUUCAACCAAACUCAAAGCAUGAUCCAUUACGGUCAUGGAAAUAUGGUCAUGCCAAACAUGCCGCCCAACGAAAAUGUCAAACCCGACUUUCCGGUAAUGAAGAUGGAACCCGUCAGUCCUACUUCAAGCAAACCAGCGAGCCCGAUUUCCAGCCAACCCGCCAGUCCGCAGAAGCCAACAAAGCAGCAAAAGCGACCUGGUCCGGCUCCGGCGAUACCAGAUGAUCGAAUCAGCUCCAUUGAACUCAUGAAGCGAAAUCAACGAAGAGAACGAAAUCGGUCAGCUGCCGCCCGUUGCCGCCAAAAGCGUGCAGUCCGAAUCGAGCAGCUUGAAACCGAAGUUAUUCGACUUAAUCAAGAAAAACAACGAUGCUUUGAUGAGAAUCAAGCUUUGUUGGCACAGAUAGCAUACUUAAAAGAGCAGCUCAACAAUGUCUCCGGUUCCCCAACUUUUCCAGACAACCAUUUUCCAACCACGCCGACAUCUGUUUCCAAUCCGUCUACAGCCCCUUCUUCCACUGAAAACUUCUUCAAUAACUUUGACUUUCCUCUUUACCAGAACCAGACGAAUCGACAAUUUCGAUCAUAUUCUUCAUAA